AGUUAGCAAGAGGAAGAGAGCGCGCGGCGAGCCAGCGGGCCAGGGGCAGCGGCGGCGGCGCGGGGGACCAUGGUACUGCCGGCGCCUCCUCCGCGGGCGUAAAGGAGGCGCUCCCACUCCCUCCCUGGACUCCGCGGUGUCCCAGGAGCUUUUGCUGACAAUUCCAGUUUCCAAACGAAACAUUUGGGCAAUGGUGAGGGCUUCGAUCCCUUCUCUGAUUUGCUGUCAACUCUGAAUGGGUGGAUGUGAUGCCUGCUGGCCGAAAGGUGUCCCUCUGUGUGUUGCAGUCCUAUGGCAUUAUGCAUGCCCCCAGCCAGUGACCCCCCCGGCUUUUUAUGGCUGUGAGACACAUUAAAAGGGUAAGAAGUGACCUUUUGAGGUGACUAUAACUGAAGAUUGCUUUACAGAAGCCAAAAAAGGUUAUUGAGUCAUGAUGCAAGAAUCUGGGCCUGAGGCAAAAAGUAACGGUUCAGCCAUCCAGAAUGGGUCGAGCAGUGGCAACCACUUACUAGAGUGUGGCAGUCUUCGAGAAGGGCGGUCCAACGGGGAGACGCCGGCCGUGGACGUGGGGGCGGCCGAUCUGGCCCACGCGCAGCAGCAGCAGGCACUUCAAGUGGCGAGACAGCUUCUCCUUCAGCAGCAACAACAGCAGCAAGUUAGCGGAUUAAAAUCUCCCAAGAGGAAUGACAAACAACCAGCCCUUCAGGUCCCCGUGUCAGUGGCUAUGAUGACACCUCAAGUUAUCACUCCCCAGCAAAUGCAGCAGAUCCUCCAGCAACAGGUUCUGAGCCCUCAGCAGCUCCAGGUCCUCCUCCAGCAGCAGCAAGCCCUCAUGCUUCAACAGCAGCUUCAAGAGUUUUAUAAAAAACAACAGGAACAGUUGCAGCUUCAACUUUUACAACAACAUGCUGGAAAACAGCCUAAAGAGCAGCAGCAGGUGGCCACCCAGCAGUUGGCUUUUCAGCAGCAGCUUCUCCAGAUGCAACAGUUACAGCAGCAGCAUGUCCUGUCUUUGCAGCGCCAAGGCCUCCUAACGAUUCAGCCAGGGCAGCCUGCCCUUCCCCUCCAACCCCUUGCCCAAGGCAUGAUUCCAACAGAACUACAGCAGCUCUGGAAAGAAGUGACAAGUGGUCAUACUGCAGAAGAAACCACAGGCAACAAUCACAGCAGUUUGGAUCUGACCACGACAUGUGUCUCAUCCUCUGCCCCUUCCAAGACCUCCUUAAUAAUGAACCCACAUGCCUCUACCAAUGGACAGCUCUCAGUCCACACCCCCAAGAGAGAAAGUUUGUCCCAUGAGGAGCACCCCCACAGCCACCCCCUCUAUGGACAUGGCGUGUGCAAGUGGCCGGGCUGUGAAGCAGUGUGUGAAGAUUUCCAGUCGUUUCUGAAACAUCUCAACAGCGAGCAUGCGCUGGACGAUAGAAGUACAGCUCAAUGUAGAGUACAAAUGCAGGUUGUACAGCAGUUAGAGCUACAGCUUGCAAAAGACAAAGAGCGCCUGCAAGCCAUGAUGACCCAUCUGCACGUGAAGUCUACGGAGCCCAAAGCCACCCCCCAGCCCCUGAAUCUGGUGUCAAGCGUCACACUCUCUAAGUCUGCUUCAGAGGCUUCUCCACAGAGCUUACCUCAUACUCCAACUACCCCGACCGCCCCCAUCACACCUGUCACUCAAGGCCCCUCGGUCAUCACCACCACCAGCAUGCACACGGUGGGACCCAUCCGCAGGCGGUACUCAGACAAAUACAACGUGCCCAUUUCUUCAGCAGAUAUUGCGCAGAACCAAGAAUUUUAUAAGAACGCGGAAGUUAGACCACCAUUUACAUAUGCAUCUUUAAUUAGGCAGGCCAUUCUCGAAUCUCCAGAGAAGCAGCUAACACUAAAUGAAAUCUAUAACUGGUUCACACGGAUGUUUGCUUACUUCCGGCGCAACGCGGCCACGUGGAAGAAUGCAGUGCGUCAUAAUCUUAGUCUCCACAAGUGUUUUGUGCGAGUAGAAAACGUUAAAGGGGCAGUAUGGACAGUGGAUGAAGUAGAAUUCCAAAAACGAAGGCCACAAAAGAUCAGUGGUAACCCUUCCCUUAUUAAAAACAUGCAAAGCAGCCACGCCUACUGCACACCUCUCAAUGCGGCUUUACAGGCUUCGAUGGCUGACAAUAGUAUACCUCUAUACACUACCGCUUCCAUGGGAAAUCCCGCUCUGGGCAACUUAGCCAGCGCCAUCCGGGAAGAGCUGAAUGGGGCGAUGGAGCACACCAACAGCAACGAGAGCGGCAGCAGUCCAGGCAGAUCUCCUCUGCAAGCCCUGCAUCCUGUACAUGUCAAAGAAGAGCCCCUCGAUCCAGAGGAAGCUGAAGGGCCUCUCUCCUUAGUGACAACAGCCAACCACAGUCCAGAUUUUGACCACGACAGAGAUUACGAAGACGAACCAGUAAAUGAGGACAUGGAGUGAACGUCUGGGCGGGCCAACUCCAAGAAUGAAGAUUGG